GCUGAAGAGAGACGCAUACGUGUCGUCUUUUUCAGUAUUUUUUUUCUUUCGUUUUUUGUCCCGACUAUCUCUCUCUUUCAAAUGUGAAGCCAUCGUCAAAUGUGAAGCCAUCGUCUCCGAUGAGAUCGCGAUCAGGUGUUCUUCGAGAUCUGUCAAAUGUGAAGCCAUCGUCUCCGAUGACGUUCCUCCGUUUCUCAAUUCCUCCCCAAAAUUUAAAUCGCUGGAGAGUGUAAAAUUAUUCGUUGGGCUUCCACUGGACACAGUUUCAGACUGCAACAACGUUGAUUCCGGUAGGCUUAUCGGCUCUGAGAUUCAUGGAUUCCAUAUUUUGCAAGCUAGAACUCUUUCUUGGGGCUGCCUUUUAAGUGGUUUCUUAGUUAUGCUACAAAGUCGCAAGUUCGUCAACAAAGAAUCUGUGAUAAUCAUGCCAACCUUCGGGAUCCAACUUGAAACUCAGUAUUUAAGAUGACUGAAGAUAGCAACAAAACAAUGUCGGAGAAAACCCGACCUGUUUUGGGUGAUUUGACGAAUCUUCCAAGCAAAAGAGGGAUUUCAUCGAUUUUGGGUGAUUUGCUUGAUGAAUCUGGUAAGACCAUUGUUCAUGAAGUUUCAAGAGAGAAGUUUUCAAAGAGGUUGUGUUUAGUUGUAGAUGAUUUGGUUAAGGAAAAUGCUAGACCUUUGGAUACAAUUGAAAGGUCUUCUUCGUUUGAUCAAAAUACUUCUGGUGAUUCUGUUGACAAAGAAGAAUCUGAGGAAUAUCAUGAUGCUGUGAUGGAAUUCUCCAGUGGAGAUGGAAAACCUUUGAAGGAAAGCAAGUCUGUACAGAUCUAUUUUGAGCCUGGUGAUAGAGACGGUGCACGAGAGUUAAACGCGGCUGCUAAUGCGAAUCAAACCAAUGUCACUGGUGAAGGCUUGGCUUUAUCUCUGUUACCUAGCAAUACCGAGAGCAGGAAUCUACUGAAGACUGGGAAGGAGUUGUCUAAUUGUCAGAAUUUGAGAUCAUUUGAAAUGAGUAGAUGCUCGAAUGUUAACAGUAAGGAGCAUGUGAAUCUGAAUACAGGAGAUGACUUGCUAAAAUCUUGUUGUUGUUCAUUCUGUCUCCACGCUUCGUAUAUGUGGUUAGAUCUUAGUUAUCAGGAUACCAAAGGUCGAUUAUCCGCUAUGAAGAAGAGUCAUAAAGCAGCUAGCAACUUGAUUCAAAGGAAUGCUAAAGAAAUAUCUACGGAUUUUCAUGUCACGGAAAAUUCCGUUAGUUCUGCAAAACAAGAAUCCAAGCUCAUGGCCCAGUGGAGGUCGCUCUUUCUUAGCAUGGGCGAUAUCCUGGCUCAAGAGAAUAGCCACCUUCAAAAUAGCUUUGUGAGGAUGAAAAAAUUGCGAGAAGAUUGCAGGAUGGAUGUAGAGAGAGCAAUGAAAUCACCUAAACACAACACCCAGUAAUUAAGUAAUCUUCUCUACUUGAUCAAACAUUGUAAUGAUUCGAACUUCUCUUUCUGAAAAUUACAAUAUCUGGAUGCAAUGUGUAGAUGCUUAAAAUCGUAAAUGGGUAUGUAUGAGUGCAACUAUUGUUGGUGUUGUUAAGUUCUUCUAUCAAACUCCUUUGUUUUCUUUAA